CGGAUUCCGGAGUCGUCAUCGUCAAACAAGUAAUCUGAGUCCUUGUUAUCGGGAGAGGCCUCUUCAGCUUCCGAGUGUAUGUCCGUAAAAUGAGGCGAGUGUUUUUCAAAUGCCCGCAUCGAUGCCUGUGCCAGUGUAGACGUCUGAGAACGAGACUAAAGCUACAUCGCGACGCAUGUAGGCUGGCCUUCCACUCGCUCGUCUACAACUCGUUCACUACGUGGAGUCAAGUCAUCGAUGCCAUGCUCGAACCCAUGUACUGGUUCGUCGAUACGUUCGCUAAAUACUUGGGUCCGGCCAUGGUGAGCCUUGUGAUUUUCUUGACGUUAUCCGUCGUCAUCAUCUUCUACCUUAUCAUCAUUCCUUUCACCGUCUUGCGGAGUUUCUACCUGACGGUGUGGCACCUGGUGUUUGGCCAUUGGAUCCUGAUUAUGAUAGUGUUUAACUACUUCAUGGGCGUACUCACUCACCCUGGAAAACCUCCAAAGCUUGGCUGAACAACUGUGUGGGGCACUACAAUCACAGAUACUUCUUCUCCUUUUGUAUGUUCAUGUGGAUUGGGAGCACGUAUGUAGCAAUAACUGCCUACCCACUUUUUAUGGAUCACUUCUUCAACCCAGAGCCUCAAUUCCAGCCAUUGAAGUUUUGGAUAGUGAAUUUAAGCCUGGAUCUUUCACUCAUUGAGCCCUUCGUGAUGAGCAACAGUGACACCAUUAUUGCAACUAACAUCUCCGAAACGACAGCUGACAUUCUGGACAAGGAAGAUCCUGCUGAAAAGCCAUUUCUGAAGAAAUUGACAUACAACUGCAUAGUAUUUGAAUUUCUGCUGUGCUGCGGUGUGUGUUUAGCACUCGCUGCUCUUCUAGCCUGGCAUUACGCGUUUAUCAAGAAGGGGGAAACCAGCAUAGAACAUCACAUUAACAAGGCUGAUGCAGCCAGGUUAAAGAAGGAAGGCAAGGUGUUCAGAAAUCCGUACCAAUUUGGAACCCGUGAAAACGUUCGAAUUCUGCUUGGUUUAGAUCAAGGAAGGUCAUUUUGGAGACACAUUUUACUGCCAUCUAUGCACAAGCCUUCUGGAGAUGGUCUAACAUGGCGAACCUCUACAUACCAGCUGGACUACUCAGAUAAUCCUAAGAUACUAUAGCAUUUUGUAAUAAUGGGUGAUUGGCAGUCCAGCAUAUUGGACUUUAAUUGGCAUAUAUGUACACCGUAAAAUGCGUCGGAGAUACCAUGCGAGUUACAAUUCAUCAUGUGUGUAGUUGUCAGAAAAUUGUAAAUAAAUAAAUAAUGUUAUAUAUA